AUGUUCGCAAGAUUUCAUCGCAGAUCUUCAACAAAUGAUAAUAGCGACGGUGUAGAUCCUUGGGGACUCCCGAGACUGCACCGGGCCGCUUAUUCAAACCAAAUUGAGAAGUUGGUGCAGCUCCUGAAGAAAAAAGGAGCUGAUGUCAACAAAGAGGACAGCAAGCGGAGGACCGCAUUGCACUACGCAUGUCUGGCUGGGAGAAUUGAAGCUGUAAAGCUUCUUUUAGAGGCCAACAUCGUGAUUUCCAUGGAUUCACAUGGACAACGCCCGGUCUAUUUGGCAAUCAAGAAUGGUCAUUUAGAUGUGAUCAAAGUCUUCUUGGUCAUGAACUUCAACUUUGACAUUUGUGAUUACGGCGGGAUGACACCUCUUCAUUUCGCCAUUCACAACAAACAAGCUGAGGUUGCAAAGUUCUUGAUCUUAGAAGCAGAUGUGAACGUAAACGUCGCUGAUAUGUAUUUGCUUACACCACUGCAUUUGGGGAGCAUAUUCGGAAUGCCUAGUAUUCUGGAACUUCUUUUGCAACGCGGAGCAAGCAUUGAAGCAACAGACUUUUACGGGAGCACGUCACUAAUAAUGGCCUCUGCAAAAGGGCAGGCAGAGUGUGCUGACGUUUUGUUGACACAUGGAGCAAACAUUGAUGCCAAAGACAACUGUGGGCUAACUGCUAAAGAUUGGGCAAUGAAGGAGAAUAAUAAAAGGAUCCUUCAAAAGCUACAAAACGCAGCAGUUGAAGCAAAAAGUCAGCUUUCAGCAACAGAAGACAAGGAAAAGAAAUCAUCAGUUGAGGAAGAUGAGCAAAUCCUCAAAGCAAAGAAGAGAAAGCUGGCAGCAGAACUGAGAGUGCAUUUUCUAGAGAAACUUGAAAAUGCCAAACGGGAAGUCUUCGAGUUAAAAACCCGACUUUCCCAUCAAGAACGCAGAGAAAAGCAUCUUGUUUUCAAAGAUGAAUUGAAGAGCAGAAUUCUUGUCAUGAGUGACAAGAUGAAAGAGCAAAGCAAUUCUGUCAUAAAGAGCUACAAUGCUUUAUCUGAAGAAAACCGCAAUCUUGAGAAAGACAUUGAGCAUGUAACAGAAGAGGUGAGAUUUUUCUUGUUUUUUAUUUAA